AUGGGGGGCCAGCUAGGAGACGAACUCUGCUAUCCCCAAUACCACAACGCUUCCUGCAGGAAGGCGAUGCACUCUCAAUCGGAAGACAUGAUUCUUCACAGUCUGCUGUCCUGCAUCACUCUGUUCACUGUGGUUCUGAACCUGCUGGUCAUCAUCUCUAUCUCCCACUUCAGGCAGCUCCACACCUCCACCAACCUCCUCCUCCUCUCUCUGGCUGUCGCAGACUUCCUUGUGGGCCUCCUGCAGAUGCCAGCUGAAAUCCAUGUGUUGGGAGGCUGCUGGAUGCUGGGUGACUUUAUAUGUGCUGUGAAUUACUUUUUAGGUUACCUCACUGUCAGUGUUUCAGUAGGAAACAUGGUGCUCAUAUCAAUUGACCGCUAUAUGGCAAUUUGUGACCCCAUGUUUUACUCCACUAAAGUCACUUUGAGAAGAGUUCAAUACUGUGUUUGUCUGUGUUGGAUAUUUUCUGGUGUGCACAGCGCUUGGAUACUGAGAAUUUUCUUAAAACAACCCGACAUGUAUAACGCCUGUUAUGGAGAGUGUGUAGUCGUACUUAGUUACGUUGAAACAUCUGCUGACCUUUUCUUUACCUUUUUAGGCCCCAUUGUUGUCAUCACAAUUUUGUACUUGCUAGUAUUUGUGGUGGCUGUGUCUCAGGCUCGUGCCAUGCGCUCUCACAUUGCAACUGUCACACUUCAGCGUUCAGAGACUGUGAAAGCUAAGAAAUCUGAAUUGAAAGCAGCCAGGACUCUUGGUGUGGUUAUAGCUGCAUUCAUUCUGUGCAACAGUCCGUAUUAUUGUUUCAUUGUUGCAGCUGAAUACAACUUGAUAGGGGCAUCGACUGCAUACAUCGAGCUUUGGCUAUUGUAUUUCAACUCCUGUCUAAACCCUGUAAUCUAUGUUUUUUUCUACCCCUGGUUCAGAAAAGCUAUUAAACACAUUGUUACACUUCAGAUUCUGCAGCCUGGCUCAAAUGAGGCCAAUUUAAUGUAG